GUGUUGAAGAACAGGGAGGGAUUGGGGGAGGUGGGCAGCAGAGAGGAGAAAAGAUAAGAAUGUGUGUCAGUCAGUAAAAGCUGAGUGGGGAUGAACUCAUCACAGUUAAACUGCAGUGCUGGACCAGUAGAGAAGAUACAACAAAACAAACAAAAAGAGGAAAAUGAAGAGUUUGGCCAAACUUCACAGCAACACAGAUCAGCUGCUGACAUCUUUAUCAAACACUCUUCCAUCCCUCACUUUGAGUAACCAGCACUGGAUUGAAGAGAGCGCUGAAGGGCAUCUUUUAUUGGAAGACAAACAGACUUGUUCAAAGAAGAGUGCAGAAUGGGAAAAUGGAGAACAAAGCAGGAGCUCUGCAAGAUGCAAACACAUACCUGAGGGCAAAGAACCGUACACAUUGACUGAACUCAGUGAUGUUUCCUUACAAUCCAGUUCACCUUCAGCUGCUGACUCCAGUGAUGACCUCUCUCCAAUCUCACCCAACAACCAUCGACCUCUCUCCACCGAACGGUCCUCCUCGGCUCCCCAUCGCUCUGUUAAGGCCCUCAAGAGAUGGCUGAGCAGUCCAGUACGACGGCUAAGUCUGGGAGGAGGUGGCAAAGGUCAAAGUUUAAAGGACACGUUCCUUCCUCACUCACCUUCACAAAGCCCACUGAGUCAACCAGAGAAGUCCAAAAAACUUCCCCGUCCUUAUAGAUCUUUGGACUGUGAAGAGCUUUCACGACCAAACUCGUCUGACAACAGCUAUUACCCAAGAUACUUAAAUGAUAUAUUGCAGUUUCAGAUGCAUCACACAUGCAACUUGCUCCCUGGUGACAAUGAGUCGUCCGUUACUUCAGAGGAACAUGCACGAUCAAACGAUCCAGAGGUCCAGAAAACUGCUUUGGAGAAAAGCAUAUAUGUGUUAAAUGAGCUGGUUGAGACAGAGAAGCUGUAUGUGGAAGAUCUCGGGCUUGUCGUGGAGGGUUACAUGGCCACAAUGAAAACUAAUGGGGUGCCUGAUUAUUUGGAGGGAAAGGAUAAAAUUGUAUUUGGAAAUAUUCAUCAGAUCUAUGACUGGCACAAAGACUAUUUCCUUGGCGAGUUGGAGAAAUGCGUGUCUGAGCCUGAUCUUUUGGCUCAAUUGUUUAUCAAACAUGAGCGAAGGCUUAACAUGUAUGUGAUCUACUGUCAGAACAAGCCAAAGUCAGAGCACAUAGUUUCAGAAUAUAUUGAAACCUAUUUCGAGGAAAUGAGACAACAUCUGGGUCACAGACUGCAGUUGAAUGACUUGCUUAUUAAACCAGUUCAGAGAAUCAUGAAAUAUCAGCUACUGCUCAAGGACUUCUUAAAGUACUACACUAAAGCAGGCAGACAAACAGAAGAGCUUGAAAGGGCUGUGGAGGUGAUGUGUUUUGUUCCAAAGCGAUGUAAUGACAUGAUGAAUUUUGGAAGACUUCAAGGUUUCGAGGGUAAGCUGAGCUCACAAGGGAAGCUCUUGCAGCAGGACACCUUUACCUUGAUUGAGAAUGAGAACUCCAUUAUCUCCCGUCCCAAAGAGAGACGGGUCUUCCUCUUUGAGCAUCUUGUCAUCCUUAGUGAACCAAUCGACCGCAAGAAAGGCUUUUCCCUGCCAGGAUACAUCUAUAAAAACAGCAUCAAGGUCAGUUGUUUGGGCAUUGAGGAUCGUUCCAUAGACGACCCCUGCCGGAUGGUGUUGACAUCUCGUAAUGUUGAUGGAAGCAUGCACCGAUUUACCCUUCAUGCAUCAUCUCCAGAAAUCAGACUAUCCUGGGCAAAUGACAUCCUACAGAUUCUGGAAUCACAACAAAACUUCUUAAACGCCCUACAAUCUCCUAUUGAAUACCAGAAGCAAAAAAUCAAAUCUCAUAGCCUGGGAAAACACAUGACAGCAGCACAGUCACUGGACUUCGAACUGCAACCGUACAGCUCCGGCUCCAUAGACCGCCAGCGACUACCCAGCCUGCACUCCUGGAUUUCUUCACAUCCCUCAUCAUCUCAUUAAAUGUGUCCACAUUGGCAUCUUCCUCUGCUGAGCUGAAUAGAAUCCCACGUUCAGAAGAACAGUUUUAAGAACAUGGUCUAUUCUUGGUCACAAUCGCAGAUUGAAUUUAUUUAAUUGAAACUGAAUUGAGAAAAUGGUCAAAUAUUGGACCCAAGCUGUCACUGGGCCAGUACCCUAAAGGGUCCUAAUAUGUACCAUUUAGGUACAGAUAUGUAUACAUUUGGGGUCAAAAUGUACCUUUGAGGGUGAUACGUGUAUUACCUUGGGUUUUGGUGCAAAGGUACUUUUUGAAAGGGUACCACCAGCUAGGGACCAUUUUUGACAAUUUUUUCUGACAGUGUAUUUUGACCUAUAAUACAAUUUAUUUUUAUUUUAGUUGCCAGAAAAGAAUUGAAGGUAAUGUGCUGUGUGGGUUAAACUUGAUGUUUAAACCAUGCUUGAGUGACAAAUCUGACUAUAAAAUACAUAAAACAUAUCCAGAGAUGUGUCCACGCGUGUGUAUUAUUUUUGAAUAAUUCAAAGGACCGGAGUCAAUUAUUUCACUUAUACGACAGGUCCCACAAACAUUGCUCCGGUGCCUAUUUUUAAGACAUUUGACAAGUUAGGUGUGCGGUUUACAGAAAAAUAAUCAACACCCAUUGAACAUUUCUCGAUAAUAAGAAAAAACAGCCCAGUGGUAUAAGGUGGAUUUAAUGUACUGUAUGCUGAACAGACUAGAAUUUCUGAAAACUUUAUUCUUCAGUGCCAUGUGACAAUUGCAUUUACUGAAUGUAUAGGGGAUUAUAUUGACGGGAAAAAAUGUCAGGUACAGUAACUUUAUAUUGUGUACUCAUAAUAAAAUCUGUUAAAUAUUUCAAUUAUUAAAACAAAACAGUUGUUACAGUAUUCAAAACAAGGUGAUCACUGAAUAAUUCAGAGAUUUGUUAAUGGUUCUCAUUUCAUUCUGUCACUUAAAAGAUUCUUAAGUCAACACUUUUGUGGUGCAUAAAUUUAUCACUAUUUUAAGCCAUGAGUAAGACAGAAGACUCAAACAAAUGCCACAUAUUUUAUCAUCAAGCCUUUAUCUCAUUCCAUUCCACAACAAUCGCUUUUCUCUCUUAUAUUUAAAAAAACUUUUCACUUAAAGGGACACUUUACUUUUUUUGAAAAUAUGCUCAUUUUCCAGCUACCCUAGAGUUAAACAUUUGAUUUGUACUGUUUUGGUGAUAUCACGCACUGCCCGAAAAUGUCCUUGGUUACUUUCAAUAGCAGGGGACUAUUUUCAGGCGCUGCAUAAUAUCAUUGCGCCUGCUGCAGCCAUGUUACGGCAGCAAAGUUCUUGAUUAUUACUAGGGAUGCACCGAAUCCAGGAUUCGAGUCUUUGAUUUUUUUCGACCGAACCGAACCCUAGGCUUGCGCUACGGUGGACGACGGCACAUGGCCGUUGAUUACACACAUCGGGUGCUGACCUGGAGAUAAGCAUUUUUUUCGGUGAGCCUUAGGGGCGGUUUACAUUUCGUGGACGCACAUGGAAAAAACUAGCGCAUCACACCGCAUCGCUUUCAUUAUGCAUAGGCUUAUGGUAAUUGUCAAAAUAGUUUUUCCCAGUUGUCAUCCUGGCAUAAUGUUGCCUGUCCUUUUUUUACAGUUAAAAUCAAAUAAAAUGAAAAAUACACUGCUGUGGACGUUGUUUACUUCAAUAAUACGUUUUACUGUGUUAAUGGAAUAAGGAUGCGAGUAGGAUUCGGUUUCGGACGAAUCUUAAACAGUGGAUUCGGUAUUCGGCCGAACCCAAAAAAUCUGGAUUCGGUGCAUCCCUAAUUAUUACGCCAGUUUGAGAGUAUAGUUCAGCCAUAUCUGCCUAGAAAAUUGCGAUUAAUUUUUCUGUCGGUCUUAGUACACGAUGUCACUACAGAAGAGUCUUAAAUAGGAAAAAUAUCAAAACUCUUUGGUUAUUUUUUUGCGGAAUGCUAAUGGUCUAAUCAGAUUUAAUGGAUUAUGCUAAGCUAUGCUAAAAGUGGUAGCGCCAUACCCGGGGAUCAGCUGAAUGGAUAAAAAAAUGGUAAAAGUCAAAUGUUUAACUGGAAAAUGAGCAUAUUUCUAAAAAAGUGUCCUUUUAAAGUUCAUGGGCUUUUGCAUACUACAUUUUUUAAUGAUCACUUGUAUUUUAUUUAAUUUUUGGGACAAAGGAAUAGCAACCUACUAAAGAGAUACAAAACGUCACCAACAUAAAAUUAUAUUUUUUUCUUUUCAUGCAGACACACUGAGAAACCCAGAGAUGCGACAGAAAGUGCAGUAAACUGAGAGGAAGCAAGGAAGGUGUUUGAGCAACAAAUAAUAUUCAAUUGGGUCAUUUGUAACCCAUUGCCUCGUUACAUUACUCCAAAUUUAAACAAAACACUCAAGCCUCGCUUCAGUCCUUAUACAGUACAUGCUCCCUUUGAGAGCUUAUAUAUUAACACCUCAAUAUGCAGGUAAGCUAACAGAAACAAAGUCUGCAUUUUUAAAUAUUGAUCAACUGAUCGGUGACUGCUAGAGUGCUCCAUUACCAUUUAAAAGGAUUUUGCGCAUUUUAUGAGGAAAACAAAUAGACAGGUUAGGGUUGCAUUAUCUUUACGUGCAGCACUUUGUUAUUAACCUGACUGCAUAAUCAAUAAACACUUGAUUCCAACUGAUCCUCUGUUUUUAAUAUUUUUAAGGCUUUUUGGACAGCCAUGCAAUAAAUUACUCCUGUAUGGCACCAUUUUUACACAGGAUGUAACAAAACAGGUGAAAAAAACAGCCACACAAACACUCGCACACAGAGUUAAAAUCUUUGACAAGGCAAUAAUGCUCAACAUUAUAUUCGAAGAAUAUGCGCUUCCAUGUGUAAUGCAGCAAACAGUCAUUUGGGCCAUACUAUAUGUUUUUUUUGGGUGUGACAAUGUAAAUGCACAGUACAUCUGAUCUCUCUCUCUCUCUCUCUCUCUUACACACACACACACACACACACACACACACACACACACACACACACACACACACACACACACACACACACACACACACACACACACACACACA